AUGGACAGUAGGCCAACACCUUCAGAAUACCCAUCUGCCGCUCUAUCAACUUCCAACUCUUACCAAGGCUAUCCUCCAGCUCACAUCGAAAACAACGACAGCUCCGCGAGCACUCCCCAGCACCAGCAGUCAGCCCCUCAAGACGCGCGAUCGACCUACUCGGCCUCCGCCACUCCCACUUCCGAGACCAGCGCCAUCUAUCAGAGUAGAACGCCCACCUUCGGUCCCGACCAGAUCAUCGGCGCCCCCCGUUACGUCGACGGUCACCGUUAUCAACCAUCAAGCACGUCAAGUGGAGCAAAGGCGGAUCCUGAAAUGUCUCCAGAUUCUACCGUGGCAGCUCCGAGCCCCGCCUCCUUCUCCCCCGGCGCUCACUACGGAUCGCAAUAUCCUCCCGGUGCGCACGCCAUGAGUGAAGGUUACCAACAACACCCCGGUGCGGCCAACCAGGCCUGGAGGCAGGAUUGGUCUCCCUACGGCCCGGCCCCUCAUCAGAUGGCCCCCGGCCCCUACGGCCACUCGCCAUCGCCCACCACAAUGGCCGGGGCUCCUAACAUGGUUGCGACCGCGCGUCCCGUUUCGGCACAGAAGCCCAACCGAAAACGCUCAGGCGAUGGGCCCACCAACCACCCCCUCUCGCAGGUUUACUCGUUCGUUCCAAUUCCCGGUGCCACUCAGAAUAAGCGUCCGCGUCGGCGUUACGAGGAAAUCGAGCGCAUGUACAAGUGUGGAUGGAACGGAUGCGAGAAGGCUUACGGAACACUGAACCAUCUCAACGCCCACGUGACCAUGCAAGGUCAUGGUGCUAAGCGAACACCCGAUGAAUUCAAGGAGAUCCGUAAGGAAUGGAAGGCUCGUAAGAAGGAGGAGGAAGCUCAGCGAAAGGCGGCAGAGGAAGAGGCUCGCAGAAGGGCUCAGGACGAGGGUUCGGCGGCCCCUACCGCCGAGAAUCAGCCUCCCGCUUCCGGCUCGCCGUACGUGAACAACAUGGCUCCGGGCCAGCGUCAGCUCCCCCCUCCGCUUUCGUACCAGCCCAACGUCUCGAUGGCGGCCUCGAAUGGUGUGCACUACAGCCCCACCGCCGCUCCUACCGCCCCGAUGGAGAACAUGCAACAGUACGCCCAGCAGCAGCCCAUCUACGCUGGAUACAGUGCCGCGCCCCAGUACGGCGCACAGCCACAGCAGAUGUACGCUGGUCAGCAGCGUGCUGCGACCACACAGAGUAACGGUAACACUAGCACUACUACCGGCGGUGAGGAACCUGAUGCGGAUGCUGAACUUGAUCCUGAUGUUUCUACAGCUCCCACUUACAACCCAUAA